UAUGACCCUACGCUUAGUAUUAAGAAACAGAUAGACAUCAUGGUGGAAGAUGCAUGGCUUAAUACAAUAAUUGACGAUAUCGAGAAGGAAUUUUUGAUCACAAGAUAUCCUAGGGUCCCAGUACUGUACCUACUGCCUAAAGUGCACAAAACUCUUAUUAAUCCACCAGGACGACCGAUCGUCUCAGGCAUAGGUUCAGUACUGGAGCCGCUGUCUAUCUUUGUUGACUCCUUCUUACAGAAGGAAAUGCGAAAAAUAGAGGUAUGCUUAAAAGACACUACUGAACUCUUGGUUAAACUUGCAGAUAUUGGGACUCUACCACCUGAGACAAUACUAUGUGGGAUUGAUAUCCAGAGUUUAUAUACAUCAAUUCCGCAUAUUGAAGGAAUGAAUUGCAUAGAAGAAAUACUACUGGAUACCAAUCUUCCAAAUCAAAAAAUAUAUUUUAUUUUAGAUUGUCUCAAUAUGGUAUUAACUAAAAAUUACUUUACUUUUGAGAAUGGCUUCUAUUGGCAAACUCAAGGCACAUCGAUGGGGGCAACAGUCGCCCCUUCGUAUGCAAAUUUAUUUGUACAUUAUUUAGAGAACAAAUUCUUUUUGAAAAAAGAGCCUUUUUGUAAAUACAUUUUUUCCUACUUCAGAUUUGUGGACGACAUUCUUUUGUUUUGGAAUGGUCCGAAAGAUCUGCUUGUGGAAAUGAUUGAAGAAGCUAAUAUAAGCCAUGCAACAAUUAAAUUUACAUACGAAUGUUCCAAUACGGAAAUUAACUUCCUUGAUGUAAAAAUUAGCUUAAUAAAUGGUGUGCUCAAUACUGAUUUAUACAGGAAAAGCGUUGAUAAAAACAACCUGCUACAUAUACAAAGUUUUCAUAAUCCUAAAGUAAAACGAGCGAUUCCGAAAGGACAGUUUAUUAGAGCUAAAAGAAUAACUUCGCGCCCUGAAAAAUAUGAUGAAGCUAAGGCAACAUUAACCAAACGCUUUAUAGAAAGAGGCUAUAAAAAUGAGUUGAUAAAUAAAGCUAUAGAGGAAGUUGAUGUCAUUCCCCGUAAAAACUUAUUAUGUCACAAACCAAAAGAUUUUGGAGACCAAAAACUUACCUUCGUUUCAACUUUUAACUCUAAUAGUCAGAAAAUGGAGAAGAUUCUUGAAAGGUUCUGGCCACUGAUACAAACAGACAGACAAUUUGGUCAAUUGUUUAAGACACCCCCCCUUUUUUGCUAUAAGCGAGGUCGUACCCUUAAAGAUUUGUUAUGUCCAUCUGAUACAUGCAAAAAGAAAACUCUUUUUCAGGGUAAGAAGAAGGUAGGAACCUAUCCUUGUUUGGGGUGCAACUGUUGUGCCGCUAUAAUAAAAGGCAGUAAAAUCAACCACCCAAAAAAUGGUUAUGAAAUUAAUAUAAAAACAUAUGCUACGUGUAAAUCUAAUCAUGUCGUAUAUUUACUUAAAUGCCCAUGUGGCUUAGGAUAUGUAGGUCAGACAUCCAGGGAAGUUAAACUGAGAAUUCAGGAGCACAAAGGCAAUAUCAGGAACUUUAAGGCUAAUACACAGACAGAUACGUCUGUUUCAAGACACUUUUUUGAAUGUAAGCAUAAUCCUAUGCAACUGCGCUGGUGUGUUAUAGAUGAAGCUCCCAUUGAUAGUAGAGGAGAUAAUAGACUGAAAAGACUUUUACAGAAAGAAGGCAAGUGGAUCAAGAAGCUAGGUACACUUAUCCCUGAUGGUCUCAAUGAUUCUUGGAGUCUGAAACCUUACUUGUAAAAUUAAUAUCUUGACUCCUUUACCUUACAGACCUUGAAGUUGUGAGAAAAGUUAAUGCAGAAAUAACUACUAUAACAGGGUUGGUGAAAUUAAAGUACUCAUUGAUACAAUGUACUUAAUAUUAGAAUGUAUUUGGCUGUUUCUCUACAUUGUCUCGAUUUGACUUGACAAUAUGGCACUUAAUAAUGUAUACAAUGUACUUUUUUAUGUUUGUAUAUUUUUUAUGACUGGACACUAACUUUAAAGAGUACAUAAUCACCUGAAGAUUUGUGGAUUGCACUUGAAUCACCUGUGGAUACAACACUGAACUUUUUGAGAAUUUGCAUACCACAUCAGAUUGGAUGUGGAGAUCUAAUUGGCAGAAUGGGUGUGUUUAAAUGUUCACUGUGUAUCUGUGUGUGUUACACUUGAGAAAGGGCUUUAUUGGGCCCGAAACAUGUUGUGUUUCACAGAUUGAAAUAAAUAAGCAAAAGCAGUUAAAUCUGCAAGUUUGAGUGCUCUCCUUUUACUUUCUACUAAGAUUGAUACCUUUGGAUGCACGGUACAUCCAUACAAGAGGAUUGAGGCAUUCACUGCAUAACCAUUGUUGGGCUGAGCGCAGAUUCCCCCAUAUU